GGGGCGGGCGCCUGCCCACGUGGGGGUGACCCCAAGGGUGUGCCCAGCGUGGGUGUGUCUGUGAUUGUGGCCAGGCAGGGCACACUUGGAGGGAGGGGAGAGCUCGGAAGUGGAAUGCGACCCCCCAGCCUCUUUUCCCUAGGGGCUGUAAUCUGAUCCCUGGGGACUCCCCCCUAGCCUCCAGCCCGCCCUCGUCCUUGCUGCAGCUCCUUCUCUUCCAGAUCCUGGGGCAGAGUCCAGGGCGGCUCAAGGCUCCUCCACACACGCCUGCUGAACCCUGAGCACCCUGAGCUGCCCGGAUGGGGCAGGCUGCGGCCGCCGCCAUGAUCCCAGGCCUGGCCCUGCUCUGGGCAGCAGUGCUGGGGGGUGCUGCCCCCAGCCCUCCCCGCCUUCGGCUCUCCUUCCAAGAGCUCCAGGACCAGCACGGUCUCCGGACCUUCAGGCUGGAGAGGACCUGCUGCUAUGAAGCUCUGCUGGUGGACGAGGAGAGAGGACGCCUGUUUGUGGGUGCCGAGAACCGCGUGGCCUCCCUCAGCCUGGACGACAUCAGCAAGCGGGCCAAGAAGCUGGCCUGGCCGGCCCCUGUGGAAUGGCGAGAGGAGUGCAACUGGGCAGGGAAGGACAUUGGUACCGAGUGCAUGAACUUCGUGAAGUUGCUGCAUGCCUACAACCGCACCCACUUGCUGGCCUGUGGCACAGGGGCCUUCCACCCAACCUGUGCAUUUGUGGAGGUGGGCCACCGGCUGGAGGAGCCCACGCUCCGGCUAGACCUUCGAAGGCUGGAGGACGGCAAGGGCAAGAGUCCUUAUGACCCCAGGCAUCGGGCUGCCUCCGUGCUGGGAAAGAACUGUACUCAGGGGUGGCCGCAGACCUCAUGGGCCGGGACUUCACCAUCUUCCGCAGCCUGGGCCAGCGUCCAAGUCUGCGAACAGAACCACACGAUUCUCGCUGGCUCAACGGUGAAAGAGCCCAAGUUCGUCAAGGUCUUUUGGAUCCCAGAGAGCGAGAAUCCUGAUGAUGACAAGAUCUACUUCUUCUUCCGUGAGUCGGCAGUGGAGGCUUCGCCAUCACUGGGACGCCAGACUGUGUCCCGGGUUGGCCAGAUCUGUCGGAAUGACGUGGGAGGCCAGCGAAGCCUUGUCAACAAGUGGACCACGUUCCUGAAGGCGCGUCUGGUGUGCUCAGUGCCAGGUGUCGAGGGUGACACACACUUCGACCACCUCCAGGACAUGUUCCUGCUGUCCUUGAGGGACCGCUGGAGCCCACUGCUCUACGCUGUCUUCUCCACAUCGAGCACCAUCUUCCAGGGCUCUGCAGUGUGUGUGUACAGCAUGAACGACGUGCGCCGGGCCUUCCUGGGGCCCUUUGCACACAAGGAAGGGCCCAUGCACCAGUGGGUGUCCUACCAGGGCCGUGUCCCCUACCCCCGGCCUGGCAUGUGUCCCAGCAAGACCUUUGGCACCUUCAGUUCUACCAAGGACUUUCCUGAUGACGUCAUUCAAUUUGCCCGGAACCACCCCCUCAUGUACAAUUCGGUCCUGCCCAUGGGUGGUCGCCCUCUCUUCAUACAAGUGGAUGCCGGGUACACCUUCACCCAGAUCACUGCAGACCGUGUAGCAGCUGCUGACGGACACUACGACGUCCUCUUCAUUGGCACAGACGCUGGCACAGUGCUGAAGGUGAUCUCCAUCCCCAAGGGCAGCCAGCCUAACGGGGAGGGGCUGCUCUUGGAGGAGCUGCAUGUUUUUGAGGAUUCAUCUGCUAUCACCAGCAUGCAAAUCUCUUCCAAGAGGCACCAGCUGUAUAUAGCUUCGCGGAGCGCGGUCGCCCAGAUCCCGUUGCACCUCUGUGCUGCCCACGGCCGCGCCUGUGCGGAAUGCUGCCUUGCGCGAGACCCUUACUGCGCCUGGGACGGGGCCGCGUGCACGCGCUUUCAGCCCAGCGCUAAAAGGCGGUUCCGGCGGCAAGACGUGAGGAAUGGCGACCCCAGCACGCUGUGCUCCGGCGACUCCUCUCAUCCCGCACUGCUGGAGCGGAAGGUGUUCGGUGUGGAGGGCGGAAGCGCCUUCCUGGAGUGUGAGCCCCGCUCGCUGCAGGCGCGCGUGGAAUGGACCUUCCAACGCGCAGGGGAGGCGACCCACACCCAGGUAGCUAUGGAGGAGCGCGCGGAGCGCCUUACGGGGGGACUGCUGCUGCGCGGACUGAGGCGCGGGGAUUCUGGCGUGUACCAAUGCACAGCUGUGGAGCAGGGCUUUUCGCAGUCGCUGCGUCGCCUGGUGCUACACGUGCUGAGUGCUGCGCAGGCCGAAAGGCUGGCCCGGACCGAGGAGGCUGUGCCCGUAGCCCCUCCAGGCCCCAGGCUCUGGUACCGGGACUUCCUGCAGCUGGUGGAGCCGGGCGGCGGUGGCGCGAGUUCCCUGCGAAUGUGUCGUCUGCAGCCUGAGUCGCGCCCACCGCCUCCAGAGUCACGGAGGAAGGGCCGAAACCGGCGAAGGCACGCCCCAGAGCCGCGUGCUGAGCGGGGGCCGCGCAGCGCAGCGCACUGGUGAUUCGGCAGUCCACGCCGGGUACAGGGAAGGAGGCUACAGGCAGGACAGGGGGAGGACAGACCGUGGAGGACGCACAGCUAGGGGGCCUGGCACAUUGGUCCCUGGUUGAUGGAGACACCGACCUACAGGCCCUGGCUGAGGGGCAGCCUCCCCGGCUUAUUUAUUAACAGAGGAUAACCCUUGAAUGUAGCCCUGGGAGGGACGGCCCAGGCGGGGCACAGGGGCCGGCUGGUCGGGAGGAGGGAGAUAAGCAAGGCUCCAGAGCAACGACCUGGGCAGAGGAGGUGCCCGGAGUGCCCACCCCGGGAUAAAGACCUCCUCCUUGGAGAAUGAGCAGAAAGCUGUGAACAGGCUGAACUGGUGGGGCGGGAGUGGGACAGGCCGACUGUACUAAUGCAAUAAACACAUUAUGAGCCGGA